AUGGUUCACGCCGCAACCCCGGCAGCAGCGAACACCCAUGUGAUGCUGGCAAAGAUGGAGGCGCAAGAUAACCAGGAGGCUUUUCUGGAACUCUUCGAGCGCCCAGCCCAAGCUCUGGAAUGGCCGCGGCUGAAGAAAGCCAUCCUGCAGCGGGUCAGCCGCAGUCCCGAAGAGCAUCACCAGCGGUUCCAAUCCCUGACGCUGAGAGAAGUCGGCCACCCGUUUGCCUACGCUCAACAGCUCCGCGACACCUGCCGUUGGUGGGUGCUGGCUGAGGAGCCCAGCGACGUCGGGGGUGUCAUCGAUCUCAUGGAUGGUGAAGAUGUGAAGAUAGUGUCCAAAGAAGAUUCUACUUUAAAGAUCCAAACACCUUACUUGACUUAUCAGGUGAACUUAACACCUGGUGUAAGUCUAGUGGAAGCAUCAUGCCACAAAAGUCCAGGAAUCACUGAACAUGGAUCCCACUUUAGACUGCGUCUAAGGGAAACAAACUGCUUCCUGUGCCAGUCUUGUGGGUCCAGGGUGCUUCUAGACAGGGUUUUUAGGCGAGUUCUUCCUCUGCCCAAUGGAAACUGGAACACAUUAGUGGACGACCGGUGCUGCCACCCCGAUCCCUUCGCAAACAGGAAACUGCUCCCAUGAGAUGACGACUGUCUACUUGGUGACACGUAUAUCAUACAUUGGGACAGCGGCUGUGAGCAGAUUCUCACACAGGAAGUGACCUCAUUUCAGAUAGCUGCUGGUUCCAACCAGAUUUCUGAAGAGCUGUGGCUUCUGAACACGGACACUCUGGUCGCCUCAUUUCCUGCUGCAGCAGUGAGGGGCGACAGCUUAAUCUCCACAGGUGAUGUUCAUUCCAGAGAGCAUCAGUCAUUCCAGGCAGUUUCAGCAGUCAAAGUCCUUUACCUCUCCUGCUCUGACAGCGAGCACAAAGACGUUGUGGAUGUGUGGGAGAAGGACAUCAGUGUGCACCCUGUGCCCUUCCCUCAGAGCUCAUGUGAGGAGCUCCUAAAGCUUCUGAGCUCCAGCACCUCCAGACUGCCAGCAUUCUUGCACUGCAUGAACUCCUAUCAGUGUGGAUUCUUAGUAGGCGGGGACUCUGUUUUCAGCAUCGACUCGACUCAAUGGUUCGUUCAGUGUCAUGAGGUUUUAACUUUUCUGACUGGGCUCAACCCAAAAGACCUGUACCUGGUACUAGAGCUUGAGGAGUACUAG